GUCGUCUUCAUUCCUCACAAAGCCCACACCACUCUCUAGCAGAGGUCGCAUAGUUCCUCUUUUUCUCACCUCGAACACCAACAACAAAUAACAAAAUCACCUUCUCUUCUUCUUCUUCUUCUUCUUCUUCUUCAACUUCGAAAAUCAAAACAACACACCACUUCAAUUGCUUGCUUCCGCGCCCAAACGCUCCACCUUCCAUGGCUGACAUUCUCUCUCCAACGUUAGGUUUUAGGGCAAAUUCAACAUCGUUGCGCUGAACAAAGGGACUCAAAACCCUAGCACAUAGACCAAUUUCGCUACUUCAAUUGUGCCCUAGUUUCCAAUUUCGGAUACCCUUUUGCGUUUUCAGAUUCUUUAAUAGAUGGGAAGUGAAGCUCUUAGAUAUUAAGGGUGGGAAUGCAUGGAUGUAACUCAGGAUUCGCUUUCGCUGUAAAUGCUGAGGUUGAUUCCAUGGGAGGUGUUGUUGACGGCGGAGUUGGUAUAGGGUUGAAAACCUCUCCGUGCAGAGCAGCAGUUGAGGAGAAGGCUCAAGGAGACAUCAGGCAGGAGUAUAGCAUUCGUGACGAUAGAAGAAGGGAGCUAGAGUUUCUUGAAAAAGGUGGGAAUCCUCUGGACUAUAAGUUAGGGAAUGCUGCUUCAGUUAGUGUUCAGUCUACUUCACUCACUGAUCAGCAUCAAGAGCUGUUUGUGAACAGUGAAGCAAAAGGUAGUUUUGUGUUGACUGCCUCCCCUCACGGUGACUCUGUCGACAGUAGUGUCAGACCAGGGGCUCCUUCUAUUAGCGAACCAAAUACUGCUGAUAAUCUCUUACUUUUUGAUGGUGAGAAUGAGUUGGCUCAAGGUGAAAAGAGGUCCAUGCAUUCGAAAAAAAGGUAUAAUAUUGCUCCAUCCGAACAGUCUUCUCAAAUUGGUGGGAGUCAAAAUGCAAAAGAGACUGAAGAUUCUGCUAUUGUCCGCCCAUAUGCGCGAAGGAACAGGUCCCGACCAAAUCAUGGUCCUCGGGGGGGUUCAAGGGAUGUGAAGGGAUUAUUAUCUGAUACUAACAAACAUAAGGAUUACCAUGUGCCAUCUGGUUCUAAGCCAAAACCUUCUAGUUUAAAUGGUGAGAUACAUAUUAAAGAUCCAACAUCUAAUAGCCCACUGAAUAAUGAAUUGGUUGGUGUGCGAGCUCAUCAAUCAAAAAGUGGCAGUGCUAGUGUUACUGAAGACAAAUUAGGUGCUAUGUUGAACAGAAAUUUUAAAGGAAAUCAACAUAUUGUACCUUCUCAAGAUGAUACUGUACAAAACCCACUUGUCUUGGCUUCUGGGGAUGCUAGUGCAGUUGGAGAAAGGGACCCAGGUUCUUCAGGUGAUCUAAAGCCUCCAUCUUGUGUAGUUUCUGCGUUGCCUGGAAAUGAAUCUUGUCCUGGUCUGUCAAAUGGGUUUGGCAACAUAAAAUUAGACAGGAGAGGUGUACCAGAUGAAGGCCAAAAUAACAGCACUUCAUUAGGUGUAAAGAAUUUUGAUUCAGUGUCCUCCUGCGUACCCACUAGUUUUGCUGGAGAUGUAAAUAAUGAGAGUAGUAUUUGUACAAGUAGAAGCAAAGCUGAUGCAAAUGGAAGUACUAUGGAACAAACACCAGAAUUUGAGAAGAAACUAAAUUCAAUUGGUUGUGAAGUUGUGAAAGAAAGGAGCAAGACCAACACUGGUGAAAGUGGUGCUACUAUUAACAAUGAACGUGCUUCUGGUUAUUUUAACCGAUUUGAUGGUGAUAAUAUGGUCAAAAGUGAGGAGGACAUUCAUAUUGUAAGUUCCUGCAUGCAAAAAAAGUUGAAUGAUUUUUCCAAUAUUAAGGGAAUGCACCCCAGUAACAGUUGUUCUAUUUCAAAGGAUGGUAAAGAAGAAAAUGUUGUCAUGAAGGAUCAUUCCAAUCCUAUCAGGGGAGAAACCUGUGAAAGACUUCAAGUUCCUUCCGAUUUAUUCACUUCUGCCACUCCUCGAACUGCUCUGACUGAAAAUGUUACUACUGCUGCAUCUGACUGUCAGCCUUCUUGUAAACAACCCUUGAAGUUAGCAGAUAAGGCUCAUGAAGAUUCUAUUUUAGAAGAGGCUCACAUUAUAGAGGUCAAGCGCAAGAGGAUUUCCGAGCUAUCUAUUCGCACGUUACCCUCACAGAUCCACCACAAAUCUCACUGGGAUUUUGUUCUUGAGGAAAUGGCUUGGUUGGCAAAUGAUUUUGCACAGGAGCGUCUUUGGAAGAUAGCAGCUGCUGCACAAUUGAGUCAUCAGGCAUCUAGUGCUUCUCGGUUAAGAUUUGAGAAACAAAGCAAACAUGUGGGGAUGAAAAUUUUGUCUCACAGCAUAGCAAAGGCUGUCAUGCAGUUUUGGCAUUCAGUGGAGCUUCUUCUAGUUCGUGACAAUAACUGCAUUGGUAGUUCAAAUGAAUCUGGGCAAGUAGAUUCGAAUGAAGCUUCUGGGGACAAGACCAGAAGUUCCGACAUGUUACAGGAGUCAAGCAAACUCUUAGAGGGACAGAAUCCCAAAAAACGGGCGGCACUUAAAGUGCAUGCAUAUGCUUUGAGGUUUUUAAAGGACAGUAGAUCUCAUGGAAUUUCCUCUCAAGCAGAAGCACCGGCAACACCUGAUAAGAUAUCUGACUCGGGCAUUGUUGACAUGUCAUGGGAGGAUCAUCUUUCCGAUGAAAGUCUGUUCUAUACAGUUCCUCCUACUGCCAUGGAAACAUACAGAAAAUCUAUUGAAUCUCAUUUCACACAGUGUGAGAAAUCUUUUAGUAGCAUUCAAGAGGAAGUUGAAACAUCUAUGUAUGAUACUGCAGCAGAGCAUGGAUAUGAAGAGCUUGUGUACGAUGAGGAUGAAGGAGAAACCAGCACUUAUUAUUUGCCUGGUGUCUAUGAGGGUAGCAGAUUGUCAAAAUCUGGACAGAAGAAACACAAAAACAGGAUAAAGUCUUACACUCAUAGAUCCAAUGAAGUUGGAACUGAUUUGCCUUAUUUACACUAUCAAACUGGAACUCAACCGUCCUCUCUAUUUGGGAAAAGGCCUGCUAGUUUAAAUGUUGGGACAAUACCAACAAAACGCAUGCGUACAGCUUCUAGGCAAAGAGUUGUGAGUCCUUUUGCAGUUGGCACUGGGACAAUACAUGCUCAAGCUAAGAUAGACGCUGCUUCGAGCGGAGAUACCAACUCCUUUCAGGAUGACCAGAGUACGUUAAAUGUUGGUUCACAACUCCAGAAAAGCAUGGAGGUGGAGUCAGUUGGAGAUUUUGAAAAACAGUUACCUUAUGACUGUGGAGAAACAUCAGUUAAAACAAAGAAGAAGAAGUCCAAGAAUCCGGCUACUGCUUAUGAUCAUGGAUGGCAGUUGGAUUCUGUUGUUCUAAGUGAUCAGAAGGAUUAUCCCAAGAAGAGAUUGGAUAGUCAUCACUUUGAAUCCAAUGGAAAUAGUGGUUUCUUUGGCCAACAUGGGAAGAAGCCAAAGAUAACAAAGCAACCACAUGAUACUUUUGACAAUAUGGCUCCAAUAACUAAUUCUAUUCCCUCUCCAGCUGCAUCACAAAUGAGUAACAUGUCUAAUCCAAAUAAAUUUAUUCGAAUCAUUAGUGGACGAGAUAGGGGCAAGAAAGCUAAAGCGCUUAAGAUUUCUGCUGGGCAGACUGGUUCUGGAAGUCCUUGGUCCCUUUUUGAAGACCAGGCUCUUGUUGUCCUGGUGCAUGAUAUGGGUCCAAACUGGGAGCUUGUGAGUGAUGCUAUCAACAGUACUCUACAAUUCAAGUGUAUCUUUCGUAAGCCAAAAGAAUGCAAGGAUCGUCACAAGAUUUUAAUGGACAAAAGUGGUGGGGAUGGUGCUGAUAGUGCUGAUGAUUCAGGGUCUUCUCAAUCUUAUCCAUCUACGCUUCCUGGAAUUCCAAAGGGUAGUGCCAGACAGUUGUUUCAACGCUUGCAAGGGCCACUGGAGGAGGAAACCCUGAGGUCUCAUUUUGAUAAAAUCAUCAAGAUUGGACUGAAGAACGGUUACCACAGGAAUCAGAAUGAUAACCAGGAUUUGAAACAAUUGACACCUGUUCAUAAUUCGCAUGUGAUUGCUCUUUCCCAAGUCUGCCCAAACAACUUGAACGGAGGUGUUUUGACGCCACUUGAUCUUUGUGAUACCAAUGCAACAAGCUCAGAUGUCCUAUCUCUUGGGUAUCAAGGCUCUCAUGCUGGUAGUUUGGCGUUAUCAAAUCAUGGUUCUGUACCAUCAGUGCUUCCUUCAUCUGGGCUAAAUUCUUCAAACCCGCCACCUUCUGGUAUGGGUCUUGGCAAUAACUUGUCAACACAAUCUGGUCCAAUGGCAGCAUCUGUCAGGGAUAGUAGAUAUGGAGUUCCCAGAACUGUACCAUUAUCAGUUGAUGAACAGCAAAGAUUACAACAAUAUAAUCAAAUGAUAUCCAACAGAAACAUGCAGCAGUCUAGCAUGCCCGUUCCUGGAUCUCUUUCAGGAAGUGAUCGGGGUGUUCGAAUGCUGCCUGCUGGAAAUGGUAUGGGCUUGAUGGGUGGGAUCAACAGAAGCAUAGCCAUGCCAAGGCCAGGGUUCCAAGGAAUUGCGUCAUCAUCUAUGAUCAGUUCUGGAAGCAUGCUUUCUUCUAGUAUGGUGGGGAUGCCAAGCCCUGUAAAUAUCCACUCUGGAGUUGGUGCUGGACAAGGAAACUCAACGUUGAGACCUCGUGAUACUGCACAUAUGAUGAGGGUCACUCAAGGGAACAGCCAAGGCAUUCCUGCUUUUAGUGGGAUGAGUUCUGCCUUUAAUAGUCAGACAACUCCACCGCCUGUUCAGCCUUAUCCAGGACAUGGCCAACAACCGCAUCAACAGUCCCAUAUUAGCAAUCACCACCCUCAUCUUCAAGGCCCGAAUCAUGCUACAAAUUCCCAACAAGCUUAUGCAAUCCGAUUGGCUAAGGAAAGGCAAUUGCAGCAGCAACAACAAAGAUAUCUGCAGCACCAGCAGCAACAGCAACAGCUUGCCGCAUCAAAUGCAUUGAUGCCACAGGUUCAGGCGCAGACCCAACUUCCCAUAUCAUCACCUCAGCAAAAUAGUUCUCAGGCACAACCGCAAAAUUCAUCUCAGCAAGUAUCCCUUUCCCCUGCAACACCAUCAUCUCCUUUGACUCCCAUGUCAUCUCAACACCAACAGCAGAAACAUCACCUGCCGCAACCUGGGUUCAGCAGGAAUCCUGGUUCUAGUGCGCUUACUAGUCAAGCAGUUAAGCAAAGGCCACGACAACCACAACAACGGCAGUAUCAGCAGCCUGCCAGGCAGCAUCCACAGCAUGCACAAUCUCAACAUCAAGCUAAACUUCUCAAGGGGAUAGGAAGGGGUAACAUGUCAAUACAUCAAAACAGCUCUGCGGAUCCUUCUCCUCUAAAUGGAAUAUCUGUAGCUCCAGGAAGCCAAACUGUUGAGAAAGGGGACCAAAUCAUGCAGAUGAUGCAAGGUCAAAACUAUUCUGGUUCGGGUUUAAAUCCAAAUCAACCAUCAAAGCCUUUGGGUCCUGCUCAUUCUUCCAAUCAUUCCCAGUUGCAGCAGAAGCAUCAUUCUGUUCCCACAAGCACUUCGUCGAAGCAGCUUCAGCCGGUGGUAUCAACCCCUGAAAGUAACAAUCAAUUACAGGUUUCAUCAGUUACUUCAGGUCAUAAAGCAUCACCUCCACAGCCAGCUGUUGCUUCUAGCCAUCGUCAACUUCAGCUACAAUACCAGCAGCAGCCAAAGGAAAUUAAUCAGAGUAAAACAAAUGUUCAGAGAAUGUUGCAGCAAAACUGUCAGGGGCAUUCUGAGUCGUCAAGCAUGUCUCAGUCUGAUUCACCAAAAGCUGAUCAGAAGCCUGGAAACAGUUCUUGUCAAGUCGGUACGAGCACUGCAGUGUCUCGGGGUUGUGUGGAUUCGGCUAGUAAGUUGACAGUGGUUUCUACUGUAUCUUCUCAGUGGAAAACAUCAGAACCACCAUUUGAUUCUCGUAUGCCCAAUCAAGUUACACAAGUGAGCUCACCUAUUGGAAGUUCUUCUGGAAAUGAGCCCCCAACUAUUGGUCAGGGGCUGAGCCCACGACAACCAUCAUCUAGCUCUUCUUCUCAUGCACAUAAUUCUGGGCUACAGUGGCCGCAGAAACCGCUGCCUCUUCAAAGACAGUCUUCAUCACAACCAAUCAUAUCUCAUUCCCAACCACCAGAACAUCAGCAACAGGAACAGGAGCAGCAUUCUCCCGAAGAUGCGGCUUUGCAACAUCAACCUCAGCAACAAGUACAACAUCUGCAACCUGGGAAGAGCAGUUUACUUAUCCAUCCACCUAAUUCUGAAGUGGAAUGAUGAUAUUUAAUGGAUGGAGCAGCUGUCAGUGUGCUCGGUUCUCUCAAGCCUGGAUUCUGUAUGCCCUUUUGUCAGCACUGUACAGCAGACGAAGCUGGUCAUUCAUCAGGGCCUUGGAAUAUGGCCUUGGAAUAUGGAGGCAGUUACCCAUUGUUUUCCGCAGGUCCUGUGAAAAGAUUAACAAAAUUAUAUUGGUAGGAAUCAUUUUUUAGUUGUUUCAAAAAUCUUGUAUAUUACCACUUUUUAGAGGGGUUUCUCCCAUUUUCUUUUUUGGUAAGAGACGAAUAUAGAGGUAUUUGUACAGGGUCGUCUCUUCUUUCCUUGUAUUUUCCUUUUUUUUGUCUUGUUCUCCUUACCAUUGUGCAGAGGAACAUUUACUUUUUGUUCAACUAGAUCAGUAAAUGUAUUAUUCCCUGUCAGAUGAUUAGGGAAGCAAUCAAUUUUAUGAGCAAAAGCUAAUUCAAAGUUUUGUGAAUACAAGGUUUCUGAGGUAUGCACCGACCAAUGGUGUGUUUAUUUU